UGGUUGUCCAUGUUGACCGAGCGGGGGAAGGCGGUAGCCGGUGGAGAUACACAGUGGAAGCUCGUACUGCUGCUCGUUCACUAAAUGCAAAUGGAGGCGAAUGAAACAGAGCAGCGGCCUGAGGAGGAGAAGCGUAACCUUAGCCUUGGUGGCCAUGUGGGUUUCGACAGUCUCCCCGAUCAAUUAGUCAGCAAAUCUGUAGCACAAGGCUUCUGUUUCAACAUUCUUUGUGUAGGAGAAACUGGUAUAGGUAAAUCAACGUUAAUGAACACACUGUUCAAUACAAUGUUUGAAAGUGAGGAGGCUACUCACUAUGAGCCAGGUGUUCGAUUAAAACCGCUGAGUUAUAGUUUGAAGGAGACCAAUGUAGAUCUUAAACUGACUGUUGUUAAUACAGUGGGAUUUGGUGACCAAGUUAAUAAAGAGGAAAGCUAUAAACCUGUCGUUGACUACAUUGAUGCACAGUUUGAGAAUUACCUUCAGGAGGAACUGAAGAUCAAGCGCUCGCUGCAUGAUUUUCAUGACACACGAGUUCACGUCUGUCUGUACUUCAUUGCUCCCACUGGUCAUUGUCUCAAAUCAUUGGAUUUAGUCACAAUGAAAAAGCUGGACAGCAAGGUAAAUAUUAUUCCCAUUGUAGCCAAAGCUGACACAAUUUCUAAAAGUGAAUUACACAAAUUUAAGAUAAAGAUAAUGAGUGAACUGGUCAGCAAUGGUGUUCAGAUCUACCAGUUUCCAACAGACGAUGAUGCAGUGGCAGAGAUCAACUCAGCAAUGAAUGCCCAUCUUCCAUUUGCAGUUGUUGGCAGUAUGGAAGAAGUGAAGGUGGGAAAUAAACUGGUGAAAGCUCGACAGUACCCAUGGGGUGUUGUUCAGGUUGAAAAUGAAAAUCACUGUGAUUUUGUGAAGCUGCGAGAAAUGCUGAUUCGUGUUAAUAUGGAAGACCUCCGAGAACAGACACACACACGACACUAUGAGUUGUAUCGGCGAUGCAAGCUGGAGGAGAUGGGGUUCAAAGACACUGACCCUGAUAGCAAACCAUUCAGCCUGCAGGAAACCUAUGAGGCUAAGAGGAAUGAAUUCAUGAGUGAGCUGCAGAAGAAGGAGGAGGAGAUGAGGCAAAUGUUUGUCAUGAGAGUUAAAGAGACUGAGACAGAUCUGAAAGAGAAAGAAAAGGAGCUUCAUGAUCAGUUUGAUCUACUGAAGAAAACACACCAGGAAGAGAAGAAAAAACUAGAGGAAAAGCGAAGAGAACUGGAAGAAGAAAUGAAUGCAUUUAACCGGAGGAGAAUGGCAGCCCAGACACUGCAGGGGCAAUCUUUCCAAGCUGCAGGACAACAGCCAGUCAAGAAAGACAAAGAUAGAAAAAAUUAAAGCUUCAUGCACAUUUAAACGUAUCAGUAUGGGAUUAUUUCUUGUGACCUUAAUAACAUAUAGUUGCAGUCCAAAAAAAGGUCUCUUUCCUCCUAAUUUCCCCAGUCCUGCUCCACCACAAAAUGGACAACAAACAUUCCAAGUCAAAACUCGAGCAGAAAGAGCCAACAUCAAGACCUGUGAAACCUGUUUGGAUGAUCAUUGCAUGAAUUUUGCUUUUCCGCAUGUUUUGUUGCUGUUAUAAAUCCUAAUGUCAUUCCUAUUCAGUCUGACACGUUAUAUCCAAUAUGUUGAAAUCUUCAGAUGAAUUGUUAAAUUUUAUUUUCCAAAAAGCCCUUUAUAAAGCAACAUUGAUAUAGAAUAUAUAUAUUUAAAAUAUUUUUAUAAGGAUCUCUAGCAAAAAAAAGGAUAAGCAUACCAAUAUCAUAUGACAUAAUUUGUCAAAAUUGUAUGCAGCAACCACAAAAUUGUUUUCUUAGCCUUAAGAUUUUAAUCUUGCACCAAAGAAUAUAUGCAAGAUGGAAACAAAGCCAAGCUUCAUUCACAUCAUGUUUUAUAGAUUUGAUUUUCUUAAAAAUGAAGGAUGUUCUUGAAUCUUAAAGUUAGUUUUUAGGGAAAGCUAAAAUGUGCAAUUUUGUGCCAAAUUAUUUAGUCCUGAUUCUUAACUUGAGUGAAAAAUAAUUCUAGCUUUAUAUUCUGAAAUGGGAUCUUAAAAAUAAUUGGACAACUCAUAUGUUUCCUCAUCUACAGUUUGUUGGAUGCUUAUUUUCUUACAUCUGGUACAUUAAAUAAUGGAGUUACACACAAUAUCAGAUGAAACUGGAACUAUUAAGAUAUGGAGAAUUGCCCAUUUUUGGGUGAUGGGCAGGUGUGGGGAGAAGGGACUUUGAAUCCACAGCAAACGCCUGGUUGCGUUUAAUUUUAAUUCAUCUUUUAAUGUUUAAUGGCUUUUUUACUACAGGGUUAUGUGUUCACCAUGUGGAAGAGGUACUGGUAAUGUGUCACUUUGACUUUUCACUCCCUAGAGCAAACUCUUGUAUUUUGCACUUAAUAUAAGAAUGGGUUAAAUGGGCACAUCAGUACAGUGAAGUACUUAUGUGUUUUAUUUUUGAAAAAGUGAAAGAAAUAAUAUUGUAAAUAUCUUGCUUUACACAUACUUCUUUUGAAGCCCUUUACACUUUGAAAAUUGAAAGAGCCCACUGGGUGGAUAGAAUUCACCUUACAUUAGUAGCUGUCUUAUAGUUUUUGUAUGUCAUUAUAUUUUUAGUAAAUUGGAUUGAUCAGUAACUGAAAUGCUGCAAAUAGUAUCACCCUCCCUCUUUCUGGCUUGGAUCAUACUAUUGUGUCUUUCCUCCUGUUUCAUUUUUGAAAUGCAAAAUUUGAGAAGACCCUACCAAAGGGGCAUUUAAAAGGGAUUGUUUAAACUGCAAAAAUCAUUCACAUGAGGAAUGAUAUGAUUUACUAACAAACAUUGAAGUGUUCCUUUUGAGAAAGAGAGCCACUGCAGUAUGCUCAAAUUUUAUGGGUUGGCUAAAUGUUUGUAUGAAGCGAUUGCAGUUUUAGAUUACUUCAAAAUUUGUUUUUUUUUUUCUGAGAGAAAUGAAAUUUCUUUAGCUGAAUAGUAUUACGAAGGGUUGUUUGAAUUGGCUUUUAAAAUGGGCACAAGGAUAGGUUUUUAUUUUGAAAUUAUCCUUAAAAUGCCUUUACUCUGAAAUUGCUGCAGAUUGCACAGGGAAUAUAGCAAGGCUGAAAGGAUUAAUUUGUUGCAAUCACACAACAAAUUGAGAAAAAAAUCUUUUAAACAGAAGUUUUAUUUUGAUGUCUGGUUCAUCUUAAGAAUUGUCUAAUAACUUAUUUUUAAAAUGGAGUGCAUGUAUCCACAGAUUAGCAAAUAAACUUUAAGUGCUUGGCUAGUAUGUCACUUAAUACAUUUCUACAGAAAAUAACGCAGCCCUUUAGUGCAUACACUUACAUGCAUAACCAAAUUAACAGUAGUGUAUUCCCACAAUGAUCAGGGAUUAUAAUUUCUCCAUUCAAUGUCUGUAACUGCAAAGGAUUUGCAUUAGUUAAUAAGAUGGGGGGGAUGUGAUUUAUAGGUCUGUGUCCCAUUUUAUCCCCAGCUCUUUGCAUUUCCAGAAACUGGCUAAACAAAGGCUAUGAGAAAGACUUCACAGUUGUGUAUAUAAACCUCUAUUUGAGAGAAGUAUUCAAUUCACCAGCACCUAUGUGCCUUAUUUCAUGUCUAAAUAAACUCCAAAACUUAUGAUUUGAGGUGCCAAACACAUUGGGAUAAAUCAUGCCCUUUGCUAACUGCCCAUUGCCUAAAGCACAAGGAGCGUGAUUAAUCAUUUAGAAUUAUGUAUUCCCAAUUAGUGGAUUUAGGAUUUUGUGUUGAAGGAGUUUUAUUGUGGAUAACAUCACUGUGCUUUAAAGCAGAGCAUUGGAGGACUUUGUAAAUGCAAUAUUUUCUCACAGUAGAUCACACCAAAAUUAAAUUUGGUAACAACUCUGGUUUACUCUCCAAACAAAUGUGAAUAGAGGUGUAUUUUAACUGGAUAAUACCAGCAGGAUUGUGCUGUAGUGUCUUUCCAUUUCAGUUUCAGUUUGCGAUGUUGAACAGGCUUUGGGUUGCUUAUUAUUUUACUGCUGUGUUUGUUGGAUCAUUAAUUUCUUCAAUGCAAGAGCAAGGUAUGUAAACCACGAUAAUGAGUUACUUCAUUAAAUGUAAGACAAAUCUCUUGCACAUCCAAAGCUGUGAAAUCCUUUUUUAUUAAUGGCAUGUUUCUUCAUUAUUUCUAUUAAAUCAUUGGUAUCGUUCAAAAGGAACAUGGGUAAGGUGAAUAAUCUCAUGAUUUUUAUUCUUCGCUCCUAAACUGCUUGGAGAUUAGUUGACCUAAAAUAUUUAUAGUAAUUAAAAAAUGAGAAGUCAGAGCGGGCUGAUACUCCAUCUUCUGGUAGAAGGAGGAAGAAUUCUGAUUCACAUUUGCAGUUUACCUUAUGCGAUCUCAAGAAAUGCUGUUGGAAGAAGUAGAGAGUGGAGGCCAGGCACAUAAGAGAAUGAGGGAAAAACUUAGCAAACAAGUCACCCAAAGCAACUAAUUCACCUCAUGGCGGCUAAAUAUUGCACAGUGGCAGAGGCCUGGGUGUGUCUUGUUUGUUUACCUGACUUUUUGGGCCAUGAAUGCAGAAGUGGUGACAUCUAGUGGCUAUAAAUGUACCCUCCACUUAUUGCUAUGGAAUGGAUUUCCAAUUAAAGCAUUAGCAUGCUUGAAGAUGCUGCAAUCUCCUAGGUGAAAAUAGAAUUAAACUCAACCGAGGUGACCAUUUCCUAUAGUCCACUAGCUGUUCCAACUCACAGUUGAAGGAUAGCCCCUUGCUUUGAGGUAUCUUAAAGCUUGCUGGCUUUAAUCCCUCUUGAACUCUACCUUAGUCUGAUUUAAUGCUUUCAGCAGAGUAGGUGUUAUGGGGGAAAAUCAGGCUGGAGCAGGGAGGAGGAGAAAUGAUAAACAGCUGCUAUCUAACUUGUGACAUUUUAAAUCUGUCAGCCAAUUGUGUGACUUGCACUGAUCUGAUCUAAUUUGAAUCAAAUAUUUUAUACCUUCAUUUUUGUUUCGGUUUUAGACCAAGGCAUUCCACUUUCAAGUUCCAUCUGAAUUUAUUGGGUUUUUGGGGUCUAAAUGAUGCCCAGUUUGAAACUCUUAGAAAAAAGGAUAUUGUAGCUUUAAUAUCAGUGAUAUGCAAAUGCACGCUGUGCAUUGUCUCUGUUGAAGGUGGAGAGCUUUUUUUUUAAAUGGAUCAGGUUCAUUUCAAGAUGUUAUUUCUCAUUGUGUCAUUGGACCAAGCUAUUCUAAAACACAUUGUAGAGAAACAGGUUUUUUAUGCAUGAUUUCUUAUCAAGGGUGCUUGCUUGAAAUCCAUAAAAUAUUUAUAAAAUGAUAUAUAAUUUUAUAUUAAGUAGACAUUAGAGUUGAGCAAUGUAUUGUUCUAAAACAUUUUGCAUACAUUACAAUUGCUAAUAUUAUCACUUGAAACUGUAUCACUCCAUAGUAUUCCAGUUCAUUGUAAUUUUUCAUUUUUACCUUUUUGUUUGGUGUGCUUUUGUAAUUCUUCUGUUACUUUUAGCCACUGUAAUUCUGUGUACCUGUUAGUUUGCUCAGGUCAUGUGCUUUUGUGGAACUUUUGUACAUUGUACUUGAACAAUCCUUUUAUUGUUCAUUGUGUGACAAUAUUGCACUGACAUCUACCAUUGAUUAUUGUCUUUUUAAUUAUAUUCUACCAUUUCAAUUAGUUAUCCAUUUUACGCAAAUAUAUUGUGCCCAUCUCUAAUUUUAUGACUUGGUUAAAAACUGAUAUGCAUACACCAAAAUCAAAAUGGUUAUUUCUGUGUCGGAUUAGUAUAAAUUGUCCUUUAAAUGUCCUGGUUUUUAUUUUCAUUAUUUGCUUCAUACUGUUUAUCAUUAAAUGUUAAUAAAUCAUUUGUUUUUGAGAUUUA